UAGUUCCGCCCGUCCAUGUGUUCGUGUGUACGCGUGUGUGCUUCUUUCAUAGUUCACAAUAUCGUCCAGUCUUGUUGCCCUUGUUCUGACUCGCAAUUGAAAGAUGAUUUGUGCGAAGUCGUGUCUGAGAUGGAGUCUCUUGACUCCGGAGAGGAUGGUAAAAACAGCAACAAGACCAAAAUGAUGUCUAUCGGUAGGAAGAAAUUCAACAUGGAUCCAAAGAAAGGUAUAGAGUACCUGAUAGAGAAGGGGCUUCUACAGAACACGGCCGAAAGCGUAGCUCAAUUCCUUCACAAGGGCGAAGGAUUGAACAAAACUGCCAUCGGGGAUUAUUUGGGAGAGAAGAACGACUUCAACGAGCAGGUGUUGCAAGCCUUCGUCGAACUGCACGACUUCACCGAUCUGAUACUGGUGCAGGCUUUAAGGCAAUUCCUGUGGAGUUUCCGACUGCCGGGCGAGGCUCAAAAGAUCGACCGGAUGAUGGAAUGCUUUGCGAAGCGUUACUGCGACUGCCAGGGCGACAACAACAUCUUCGAAAACUCCGACACCUGUUACGUGCUCUCCUUCGCCAUCAUCAUGCUCAACACGAGCCUGCAUAAUCCGAGCGUCAAAGAGAAGCCGACGAUAGAACAGUUCGUGAACAUGAAUCGCGGCAUCAAUCAGGGGCAGGAUCUGCCGAGAGAGUUGCUCGUGAGCCUGUACGACAGCAUCAAAGCGGAGCCGUUCAAGAUCCCCGAAGACGACGGCAACGACUUGAUGCACACCUUCUUCAACCCCGACAAGGAGGGUUGGCUCUGGAAGCAAGGCGGCCGCUACAAGAACUGGAAACGUCGCUGGUUCAUCCUCAACGACAACUGCCUUUACUAUUUCGAAUACACGACGGACAAGGAGCCACGCGGCAUCAUCCCGUUGGAGAAUAUAUCGAUUAGGGAGUGCUACGACAGGCACAAACAGCACUGCUUCGAGCUGUAUGCCAGCGGAGGGACGGAGUUCAUCAAGGCGUGCAAGACCGACUCUGAAGGUAAAGUUGUUGAAGGCAAGCACACCGUCUACAGGAUGUCUGCCAGCAGCGACGAAGAGAGGAGAGAGUGGAUACAGAGACUUACGCAGAGUAUUAGCCACAACCCCUUUUACGAUAUGCUCGCAAAUCGUAAGCGAAAAGCUCAGCUCUACUCUAAGAAUUGAAUAGACGUGUUUCGUUAUGUACAUAUAAAAUUAAUAAUAAUUCCGUCACGGCACAACGAAUUUAUCAACUGGAUGAGUGGAGAGGAAAAAUGAAGUGAUUGAGAAGAACAAACUUUUUUUUAAAUGAUUUUCUCGUUUACGAAUCAUCACAGGAUGAUUUUUUAUCGUGUACAGUUUGUUGGAGAUCUGUUAUGUUUGGCACGAAGACGUAUUUUUAUGUAGUUCAAAAUGGGAAAGAAAGUUUUUCCAAAAUAAUUUUUUUCGAGCGUUCACAAUUUUUAUGGAUUUUUUCAUAGUUGAAAGAAAACCAAUACACUGAAUUGUUCGGUGAUGAAGUUAAUAUUGAGUUGGUAUUAGGUAAUUGUAAAUAAAUUAUUCAAGCGAACGUGUUUCGGCAUCACGUUCACCUUCGGUCUGUCACUGAUUCGUUUCUUGGUUUUAAGAUAUUUUAUUAUUAUGUUUUAAGAAAAUAGGAUGGAUGUUAGGAGUUCAAGUUGACCCGGCAACAUUUUUUCUUGUGGAAUUUUCAACUCGAAAUCGAUGCCUCGAUUUUCUUUGUCAUUUACAAUUCAAGUUUGGCGGCUUUGAGAUACCGAACAAAAUUUUUUGUUUAUAAAUCGAUUUUAACCAAUCAAAUUCGUUAUGGCUUCUGAGUUGCGUCAAAUGGUCCUUCUUCACUAAGAAAAUAAUAUAUGGUAUUUAUAUGUGCAUUCAUAACAAUGUUCAUGAAAAGAAGCAUUCUUUCUGAGGGUUUUUUUGAUCAGAUACCAUCCUCCUGACUAUAUCGCGACGAAUAUUGGUGGACUCGUCAUUCAGUUGAAGUGGGUGGUUAAGAAGUAUGGUUUUGGGCAGCUUUUUUUGUUGUCAGAACUGACCAUAUUUGACCAUCGACUUGUUAGGUCGGUUUGUAAUCUGAAAAACUCGAACCCGUUUUUCUUGAAUUUUUUAACGAGAAGUAAUUCAAAUUGAAUGAACUGGGUCGACUUGGACUCUGUAUUGAAUUAUUUUCCGUUGAAUCUUCAUUGCAGUGGCACCAAAAACUCUCGUCAAUCGUAUUUCACGAAUUGAUUCAACAGGUGUCUCCCUCUCCGUUAUUAAAGUUGCCAGAUUGCAGUGAGAAAUGAUUCUAUUUGCCCAGUGAGUUAUUCUAGUUUUCUCCUCACAUUAGAUUUUUUUUUGUGAUUUAGUUCUUUAAAUAUCAAACGUUGGCGAUGCUUUUACGUAAAUGCUGUCUUGGACGUGGACAAAUUCCACUCAAUACAAAAAAAGUUUCAUUCGGCAUUAAUUAAUAGUGUUUCGAGUAUCUUGAACAAAAACUUGAGGGUUAUUAAAUCAGGCCAGCGUUUUUUCUUUAAAUUUGUUUUCGAUGACUUUCAAGCUCCUUCGUUCCCAUUUUUUAAUACAGUGUUCGCCCAAAAGCCUUGCCUAAUAGAGGACUAAUUUCUCAAAAAUGCCUUCUUCAUAAAACUUGUGAAUUGUCUGAAAAUCAAAGUGCAGGAGCUGAAUUUCGUUUUUUUGUUGUAUACAAGGGACGUCAAAAAAUAGAAAUUUUAUCUGAGAGUAUAGUAUUUGUAAAUACAAACCAUGUUCAGGUUUGAAGUUGGAGAAACAUCUUUUAGUUUAUUUCUUUGUAAUAGAUACCUCAGCUGUAACAUUGCACUUUUUAUUACACUUAUUUCUAAAUUGAUUUAUUACCUAACUUGAAUUUAUUGCAGAAUUGUUAGUUUCGGAGUAAAAUAAAUGUAACAUCGACGUUUCGGCUUCGACUUUGAAGCCAUUUUGAAGAAGCUGUCGCUACACUGAGGUCUCAAUCUGCCUACUCCUCAGGUAGUGACGUACUGCAAGGGUUUUGUGACUUGACGCUGUGGUCUCAAUCUGCCUACUUCCAGAUUGGGACCCUACAGAGACCUGGGGAGUAGGCAUAUUGAGGCCCCGGGGUCAAGUCACAAAACCCUUGCAGCGUGUCACUAUCUGAGGAGUAGGGAGAUUGAGACCUCAGUGUAAAUGGUAGCUUCUUGAAAAUGGCUUUAAAGUUGACGCCGAAGUGUCGGACUACUGAAAACACAAGACGCGGUUUAACCUGUAUGUAUAAUUGUGGGUGUGCUCGGAAAGGUUUACCUGAUAAUUUGAAGUUCGGGAUAAACUACAUCUGGUGUUUUCAGUUGUUCCACGUUUUGGCUUUCACUUUGAAAUCAUUCUCAAAAAAGUACUACACUGAGGUAUCAAUCUGCUUACUCUUCGGGUAAGGGUAAAAUGCUGCAAGGGUUUUGUGACUCGACGCUGAGGUCUCAGUCUGCCAACCCCAACGCCUACAUAUAUAGAAAUAUGAAGUGUUUAAGUUUGAAGGAAAUGGAAUGGAAAGAUUGUUUCAACUGAUGAGCAUCAGUUUCUAACACAAACAGGAAGUUGAAAAACAUUUUGUUUCAGUGUAGGUAGAUUAAAUUGCAAAAUCCGACUAUAUAUUGUAUUUGAACAACAUAUUUUUGUGAAAAUUUUCUUUAUUUGGAGCACAAGGAUACUUUUUACUUUCGAAUAAAAUAUAUAUUUUUUGACGUCCCUCGAUAUGGUGAAAAACUAUGAAAUUGGACUGUUGCUUUUGGAAAAUCCUUAAAUAUUUUGAGAAAUUAGAAAUUCAAUUCAAUAGGUUUCCAUAUGGUGCAUUGGUGGGCCCUGUAUGUUAUAAAAGUUUAAUGAAAUUGGGACUAAGUAUUUGUUAUUUCUCAUAUUCGUGCCCUAUUUUUUUAAUGUGAAGUAUUAUUUUCUAUAGGCAUUUUCUCUAAUUGAAAUUCAGGAAUGUUGUCUUUGCAUUAUGUGUACCUAUACUGGAUGUUUCGUUAUUGGGUAGCAGAAUUGAAUCCAAAAACCUACUGAGUAAAAGUUGAUAUAUCUGGAAUUCAUUUUUCUUUACCUCACUUUUUUCAUUUUCUACCAUUAGAAGGCUACAAAAUUUUCUUGAAAGUGAAGUUCCCCAAAUUCAGAGUUUCAAUUCAGAUUCAAUGAAAUUCUGAGUUCAAAUUAAAAAUCUUCAGUAAGUUCCGACUUUUAAACUCAGAAAAUUCAGUGGUUUUUACCCAAAAUCAUUCAAGGCCCUCUUCCGCCCUUCUAAUUUUCGUGUCAUUUUUUUUGCGUCUUGAAUCAAUUAUUGGAAGUACAAUUAACAAUUUUGACUCGACUUCACCCAUUUUCGAAACAAAAGCGCAUUAACGUAUUCAAAAAACACUUUACUGUGAGAUUUCCACUAAAUAGUUUUACAAAAACGCAAUAUGUGUUUCACCAACACGCCCGAAGAAGCCACGUGUUGCGUUUUUGUAAAACUGUCAAGUGAAAAUCUCACAGUGUUUUUUGAAUACGUUAAUUAUGGAUUUUCAUCAAGUAUCGGCCAAUUCCAUCAUAUUUAAUGCGAAUUAGUUGUAUUUCAUAUAGAAACUGCAAUAUUUUUUUUGUGGAACGAUUUGCCGACUCAGUUUGGAGUACUUGCGAAACAUCCUGUAGAGUAAGAAAUGAUAUUUGUUUCACAAGUGAGUUUCUUCGUUAUUCAAAAAAAUUACAACUGAAUUAUUAAAUUUUGCUAUAACAUGCCAAAAAGACACUUCUUUCUCCGUCUUCCUGUCUUUCAACUUCUAAGUGUGUCUUGGAUUUUUGCCCUCUUUGUUUGUAUGUAAAUUAUGUUGUUUGUAAAUAUAGUGUCUUGUGUUCGAUGAAUUAAUGUGUUUAUUUAUGCAGCCCGGCGGGGCUGAACAUCGACAGACCCUGUGAGUUUGGUACUUUCGGCAGUUAAUUUUUAUUUCCACACUGUACAUAAGGAAAUAUAUUUAUUUUUCAUUUGAAUAUAGUGUAAUUGAAGUAAUUGUAAAAUAUCUGUAAAUAUAUACAUAUAUAUAUUGUUACUGUAUGAUGUAAUGCCUUUACAUACCAAUAUCAAGAAUACCAAAAUGAUUGUAAUUACAUUAAUUGUUGAGCGUACUAUUGUAAAAGUUCUUAUUUUAAGCAGACCCAUCAUUUUUGUACCUGCUAGAUAUAUGUUUGUAUGUAAAGUAAACUGGUUUAUGAUUUUGAA